AUGGCAGGCUCUAGAGCGGCGCGUCUGCAGGUGGGAUCCACGCCAUGGAUCACCGAGGAGAGGUCGUCUGCGAAGCAGAUUGCACAGGAUGAGGUCGAGGAGUUCACAUACUCUGCGCGGAACGACUUCGACUGGUUGAACGAGCAUAUGGCCGAGAUCUUCAGCGAGAACCAGAUCAAUGUCGCCGAAAUCUUCAAAACACCAGGAAAACUACGAGGCAAGACGCCUCGAACAGUGCGGAAAGCAAAUGCUGGAGAAAACCGCGUCCCCCUGUCCGAUAUCUUUUCCGCUACACCGAAGGGGGCUUCGAACCCUUUUGCCAUGUCAAACGUUGGCCGACCUAAUUCACCCCGUGUCAGGAUCGCUGCAGACCCCCAACCGUCUCCAGCCAAAACAAGACCUACAAUUCCCCUGAAGCAUAUUGGUUCCCCGAAACCCGAUGCUUCGAAACAACCAGUAUCUGUCGUGGACUCUGGAUACCAUGGAAGCCAAUCUCAAGACGCGAUGGACGUCGAUGACCCAACUGCACUCGCCGAGCCAACACAACCCUUCAGCCCGCAAGGCAACCACCAUGUGGCAUUCCAUGUCUCCCCCGAACCACACCUGUACGGAAGCUCAGCACGACAAUCGCCAGAGCCUACUGUGGACACAGCGACCGAUGAUUUGUCCACUCAAUACUUCACUGCUCAUGUUGGCGCAGCGAUGUCAUCGACAAAGAAGAGCGUCCACCACGAGAGCACUACUCCAACUGGUUCACCUGCCCAGUUCGCGGAAUCCACAACUAGUCAUACGCCAUCUGCUGAACCUGAUGUGAUGGAUACCGUGCUCGAGGAGCCUUCGAGGUCUCCAUCUGAUGGCUCAAGCCCUAUUCGACCUAUUGUUCGAAAGAGUAGUCUCAACUUCGCUUCCUUACCAGCACGAGAGCCCAUUACACAUAAGAGCAUUGGCAACAGGAUAUCAAGGACGAGUCACUUGGACCAACACCGGACUAGCUACUACAAUCGACAAACUGGAGGAAAGAGCUUGGGCAAUGCUCGGCCUGAGCUCACAGAUGACGAGAACGACGAGAAUGACGAUAUGGAUAUUGAUAUGGACGAAGAACUCACUACCCAACAGGCCCAAGUACCAGCUGAGCCGGACAACGCGACCAUGCACAACAAGACCUACACACAAAGACUUCAAGACCAGAUCAACAAGCUAGGUCAAUCCCAAGCGAAUAUCUCGCAAGCCUCCAAGCCGAUCGCAGAGUCUACUGUUCCGCAGCGGCCAGCUGCGACUUUGCCAGUCUCACAGCCCACUCCUCAGAAGAAGCCGUUACCUUCGCCAAAGAAGACGACCACGACACCUGGCGCGUUUCCAGAAGAUGAUGAGGAUGAUUGGAUCCGCCCUCUCGGCCCCCCCGAUAACUCAUCUAGUCUAUUCAGCCCUCGUCCGGGCCUUCCCAAGAGCUACUCGACAGAUGUUAUGGAGGGAGUGUCUGGUAAGGAGACGGUGAGCGGCCAUGAUUUCGCAGUGCCUAAGACGCGCCAGCGAACGAGUCGCUCCAAAUCUCCCCGGCGCCCACGGGUCCCAGAGAAGAACACGAGCACUCUCGGACAUCACAAGUCAGUAUCGGUCCCUGCUCUGCCUAUCACAGAUGAUCGCGGCGAUGAAGAAAGCAUCGCUCCUAAGAAGACAAUAUCUGUUUCCAACCCGCCCCUUGCGACAGUUUCGGAGAUAGAGCGGCCUACUACCCCCAUGAAGACGCCAUCUCGUGGGUUCGGCAAUAGUCCCCUGAAGCAAGUUAAGAACAAGCUGUCCUCGAUUCUGAAGAGCUCCAAAGGUUUGUUGGCUAGUAGUGCUGCCAUCAGUGCCGAGGGCAAGUCCUCCCUUCUGUCACCUUCCACUACUAGGCUGGGUUUGCACGCAGCCCCUUCGACCCAGACGCUUGGGUCGCCUCUGUCCAAAGACACUCAACCUCUCUAUCCUGACCUUUCCCGUCAUGCCAAUGACAGCCAAACACUCGCAAGACCAGCAAGCCCAGCACGGACAGAAGGACGUAGGACAAGAGCAUCGAUCGAGAGAGAGAAGGCUGGAGAAAAACGCAAGGAGAAAGAGGCCAAAGAGGCCCGCCGAAUGGCCGAGCAAAUGGAGAAGCUUGAGAAGGCUCGCGAGAAGGAACGUGAGAAAGCCCGCGUAUUUAGCAAAGAACAGGAACGAGUCGCGUCCCAGGAGAAACACGUUGCCGACCAGAAGGAACAAGAUGAGGGGGCAGCUGCACCUACGUUGAACGAUGCACCGGGUCAAACUCGAACGAGCCCACGGAAGGCCAAGCCACAGACUGCGGCUGAAGCACGUGCAACAGAAGCUGCUAUGUUGGAUGAGAGAACCAUAGACGAUGUCGAUAUGGUUGACGCGCCAGGUUCAAUGCCUCCUCCUUCGGUUCCUCGUUCGGCAGCACCUCCUUCGGCUACUAAGACCCGAGAGAUCAAGCGCCCGGUCAGACCAGCCAAGGAGCCGGCUGGCAGAGGAAAACAAGCCCCUACGGUCAUCCGCGUCAACAUGGGUUCUCAGCACUCGCAGUAUCACCCCUCGAACAAUAGUCUCUCCUCCAGCCUUCAUGAUACACUGUCCCAGCCUCAGCCCAAGACCAAGCCUUCGCUGCAGAGUCUGAAGAGCUCGACCUCGUCUGUAGGUAGGCCCAAGGCUCUUGAAGCAGCGGCUCGAAGGAAAGAGCAGGAAGAGCGUGAGGCGCAACGCAAGCGUGAUGCCAAAGCGGAGAUGGAGCGUAAGAGAGCUGCUAUGCAGGAGGAGGAGAGACGUCAAGAGCAACAGCGGAAGCUUGAAGCUGAGCGACAGAAGGAAGAGGAGCGUAGGCAGGUUGCAAUGCAAGCAGAGGCAAAGAAGAAUGCGCAGAGACAGGCGAUGCUUGAAAAGGCGAAACAAACCAGAGCACCGCCGCCGGCUGCAAGAAAUCAACCGAAUGCUCCUCUGGAGUACAGCAGAGCUGAAGCCGCACCUGCUCGGCCUCCUUCACGUAUGAAUACGGCUGCUCCACGCUCUCAAGAUGAGGGAGGUCGUACACUCCUCCCGACCGGCUCGAAGGCCGCGAUGAAGCGCCCUUUGCAACAGGACAACGGCGAGGACAAUGCCUCUCGUCAAACACAGGCCAGGGUCGGUAACGCCUACCAGUCGAAGGAGUCCAAGAGAAUGCGCAUGACAGAUGAACUGAAUGACAAUACGGAGAGGGAGAAGCAGCCAAGUCUGAAGGGGGCACCUGUUCGCCCCUCUGGUGGCCUCAAGAAGGAACUACCUGCGAAGUCGAUGUUCCCCGCCGGCUAUGCCAACGCGCCGCAGACUGGCACCAGAGAUCUGUUCAAGACCACCCUCACGCAUCAGCACAACAGCCAGGUCAAGGUUGCGCACCCUCUGGACAUGGCGCAGGUGUCCAAGGGUGCUAUUCCCUUUGCUCCCAACCCCAAUCCGGCUGGCCCAUCGUACAAGACGCCUGGACGCCCUCAAGGAGUUGCAGCAGCCAAGUCGGUUGCCAAGUCGGCUACGAGAUCUUCCCCACGGUUCCAGAACGGGGACGCGAUCGAACUCCCGGAGAUCAACACGGACGACGACGAUGACGAUGACGACGACGACGAUGGUGGGAAAGAUAUGGUUGCCGCUUGGGCUGACUCGCCCAAUCUCCGUCGGGCACUGGUUGAGCAGGAAACUCAGAAUCCGUUUGAAGUGUUCGGUGCUCCAGGUCCCCUUAACAUGGAAGAAGUGUUUGUGAAGAGCAAAGACCGGUUCCACAAGUUCCGGGCGCGGACAUCAAGCGCCAACUGGAGCGGGUCCGAUCGACUGACGGAGGAAGAGAUCCGGAAAGAUCUCGCAGCGAGAGACAAGAUGCGGCGGGAAGGUGGCUGGACUUAUGAGAUGAGUCGCGACAUGGUGUAG